AUGCCACACCUUGAACUUGGCAGCAAGUUUGUAGAUGAAGGCAUUGCUGUCCUUGCAGAUGGCAUUGCCAUAUAUGCAGAUCUUUUUAAAAGGACUAAAUCAGAAGAUAAUAAGGAUUUGGAACUCUCCAUUGCAAAAAGUUAUAGGAGUGUCAAGGAGGUUGCUUCUGAAUUAUUGGAUCUUGAGGAUGAGUUGUCUGAUGCUGGCUGUAGUGUGGUUGUGGUCACCUUUGGGGAAAUGUCAGGAGCUGAACGUUGGCUGGAAGAAACAAAAUGCCCCUUUCCAUACUACAGAGAUCCUACAAGAGUACUUUAUCAUCAUCUUGGACUCAAAAGAUCCAUUAAGAAGGUCUGGAACACAUCAACUCUGAGAUUUUAUGGUUGUGAGUCAGCCAAGGGAACACCUCUUCCUCAAUCAUAUUCUGAUGUAGAAGAUGAUCCUCAUCAGAUGGGAGGAGAUUUCAUACUAGACAAAGAUUUCAAGAUUGUUUUCAUAUAUAGGAGCAAGAUGCCCAGUGACAGACCUGUGGUUGAUGAAAUGCUUGAUACUCUUAAACAUACCAUAGAGUCAGACUAA